AUGGCUGUGCCACCGCCAGAGCGGCUAUUCUCGCUGGAGCUGCUCGUAGAGUGGGUGCACCUUGAAGCUAGGGUGCUGCCGUCGGCCAUAGUUGCAGUGGAGGAGGAGGAGGAGGCCUCGCCGCCGUCGCCAUCGGGCUCCCUCUGCCCCGCGGUGGCCUUCCGUCUGCUGGACUUCCCCACGUUGCUGGUUUACCCUCCUGGCGGCCCCGCCACGCCCGCCCCGGAAUCCCGGCCCGGCGUGGUCAGCUUCGGUCGCGGCAAGUCCUGUUUCUUCCGCCUGCACCCUCCCACCCUGCACCGCCUGCUCCUUAGAACCCCGCUUUACGCGCUGCUCCUGCAGCUGCACCCUGGGCGCCCAACUCCCGCCCCGCAGCUCCUGGGUAGCUGUGGUAUCUCGCUGGCCGCUGCAGUACGAAAGGUCCUGGGCCCGACCGCGUUCGUCUCUUCCCAGGGUCAUCGAGGAAGCUACCCUUUGUUCAACCUAACGGGGGAGCGGAUUGGGGACAUUGCACUGGGGUACCGCUUGACUGACCUGGGGAGCUGCUUGCAGGGUCAUCUUGAGCGGCACGUCACCUCCACCGGAGGCGGACUGGAGCGGGUAGAGGGGCAAAAGGCAUGCGAGGUUAGUUCCCAGCCCCUGCAGGAAAAACAACAGCCAAGGCAGGUAACCGCAGAGCUAAGCUCAGGAGAUGAUAGGCACCUGGUGGAUUUAAAAAUCACAAAGGCACAGAAGGAUUUAAAGGAAAUAGUUUUCCACCGUGAUGCCAGCUCUGAUAACAUGGGUUCUGUAGAAAAGGGCAAAACCAACCCUGUUGUUAUUUGUUCAAAUGCUAGCAGUAGGAGAUGUAAUAGCCCCUUAAAUCAGGAAGUCACAGAAUUGGACAUUGAAACCAAUACAUUUUGCCCUCCUCCUCUGUAUUACACUCAUUUGACCCAAGAAAAGAUGCCUCCUGCACGGGGUAAAAUCACAUUUGUGCCACAAGUUAAUAUGCCUGAGGAACUGCAUGGUAUUUUUCAAGAAGAAAAAGUUGUAAAUCCCCCAACACAUACUAGUCCUUUAAAAUACGUGAGUACCACAACAAAUGAGAGUCCUUCAGUGCUUAUGAAUCCUCCAACACAUAUUCAGGACAUAGGAGCAAGUAAUCAAACUGCAUGUCAUCCUCAAACGGAACAAAAUAGAAUUAAUACUAUCAGGCAGCUGCCUUUGUUAAAUGCUUUGUUGAUUGAGUUGUCGGUGUUAUACAACCAACCCAUGGCAAGCCCUACUGAUAUACAUCCUCAUCUAGCGUGGUUAUAUAGAACUGAGGAUAAGAAGGGACCAGACUCUUCUGCCAAAUUCACAUGUAAAUCUGAAUCCAAGAAGGAAGAACUUUCUGUAGAGGAAAAGGAGAAGUCAGUAAGCCUUCACUACAGAAAGAAUCAAGUUGAACGUCUCAAAAAAGGUAUAUGUUUUGAAAAGAACAGUGCUAUCCCCCAAAAACAAGUUCCAAGGGGAAGACUACUUUAUGGUAUAACGAAUACACUAAAACUUCGUUUAAAGCAGACAAAUCCUGAUAUGUUGGUAGUACAUGAAAAAAGAGAACAGUAUAGAAAAAUGCAAGCACAAAUGUUGGGUACAAAACUCAGAAUCCCAUCAUCCAAAGUUAAAGUAUUAAGCUAUGCAAAACAACUUCAGAAGCCACAUCAACUACCUGAAGAUCAGUGUUUAGAUUCAGAUGCAUCUUUUGCUGAAAAUACUGAUACUUCAAGGCAAAUUAGUGGGGUUUUUGAUGACACUAGCCCAACUAAAGAAACUAAACUAAAAUGUGCAACUGAAAAAAAGACAGUUGAUAAUAGUGAAAACAGAACCAAUAGUGGUUCAUUGGAAGAAAUAAAUGCUGCGAAGUCCAUUGUUUCAGAAAAGUUUACUCAGACAAAUAUUUUAGAAGGAAAAGUGGAGAAGAAAGUCCAGAGUCCAUGUGUUUUCCAACAGGAUGCAAUUGACAGAAUUGUAGUUGAUAAAGAAAUAACUAAUAGGCAGAUCAAAACCACAGAUAAUGACGUGCUUAUUGCUGAUAUAAGUGAAAAUAAACUAAGUAAAAAUAGUUGCUCUGAAAGCAUCUCAGAACUGAAGUAUUCAGAUGACUUUACCAGUCCUUGUUAUUCUGAAGAUUUCUGUACCACUGAGGACACCAGCAGAAGUUUCCAAGCUCAUGACAGCAGGCCAGAAAAUCCAAAACGUUGUCAAUAUACAAGUAAGUCUAGUGAAGCAAGAUCAUCCUUAAGGAAAAAUAGCAGUGAAAAAAGUUCUAUUCUUAGCCCACCUUUUUCAGCUGGAUCACCAGUGCACUCAUAUAAAAGAUGUCAUAGUUCAAAGACUCGGCAUAAAAGUUUUGAGGAAGCCUGUAGUAUCUCUACCAGUGAUUUAUCUUCAUCACAUUGGACUGAGGAAGAAGAAAAACAGGUAGACCAAAAUAGUAUGCAUAAUUCUAAAGUUAUAAAGAGGGAUCAAAACAUCUCUAUUAAACUUAAAAGAAAAACUGAUUGCAAGUCUUUAGAAAAAAGUCAGUCACCAAGGACAUCUCAAGUGAGUUCUUAUCUGCCAUCUAAUUUGUCAGAAUUAGAACUUAAUGCCCUGGAGGGCAGUACAUCAGAUCAGUUUGAAGAAGGCAGUGAUGAAGUUGGUUCACUAAAUAUUUCCAAGCAAUGCAAAGAUAUCUGUGAAUUAGUAAUAAAUAAACUUCCAGGAUAUACGGUAUAAAACUGAUGUGCUUUUAACAACUAUGAAUAUUUUUUAUAAUCUGUGUACUGCUAAUGAAAAAAAAAUUAACUUUCUACAUUAUUUUAACACACAUUAUGUAAAUAAUUCAAGAAACAGAAAUAAGUUUAUUAUUCGUUUGAUAUUUAAAUAAUAUUCUACCGAUAAAUCUGACAAUGUUGAUCGUGAAAUCACUUUAUAA